UGCGAAGAGGAGGAGGGGCCGCCGGUCAAGAAGAAAGAGCUGUUUCUUCCAGUUUCGUAGGGUUGCUUUCAUCACUUCUUUGGGUCUUCUGGGGUCCCGUCACCUGCGUUUGCAAGGGACCGCUAAACCACUGCACUUCCUCGCUCUGCGCCAUUGACCCAGACGAUGUUCGGGGAAAAGAGAGGCGGGGCUCCCAGCUGGUCCUCCCUCACUCUGCCUCUGGCGUCGCCCGUCACCCUCACUCUCCAGCAGCAGAGGACUUUUCCAUCAGCGGGACAGAGGAAAUACAUCCAUGAAUCCAGACCUGCAGUCGGAGGGCCGACCGACAGCAGCUUGACGAGCCUCGGCUGGCUGCAGAACCUCAAAGUGCCUGACCUGUUCUCGCCGGAGGUCCGCGUCAUGCUCCACCCGCCAUCUCCCUGCUCCGAGGACGGCUGUUCUUCGUGGGAGACCGUCUCCUGCUCUUCGACCUACUCUCCGCCUGCUGGAAAAAACGACCCGCUUCUCUGCGCAGGUGGAAAUGCGCCUCGUUCUCCGUCUCCUCUUCGCCAAUGCCUCUUACACUCCACAGAGUUCCGAUCGGCGCCCAAGAGAUAUCGGAGCGACUCGACUAAGCCUCAUUUUCCCCACACCUCACUCGUCUACCUCGCUCUUCAACACAGCCGCUCGGGGAAGGCCAGUUUCCACGAAAUCUGUCGCUGGAUCAAGACCAACUUCAAGUUCUUCAAAGAAUCCGAGCCUGGAUGGCAGGACUCCAUCAAAGAGAGUCUACUACGAAAUGAGCUGUUUGUGAAGGUGGCCAGGACCAAUGGAGAAUCGAGCAAGGGCACUUGCUGGUCUCUCCACCCUCGGCUGAUAGAGUGCCUCGAGAAAGAAACUAGUAGCCAGCUACACAGGGAAGAGGAUGGGGGGAGGAAGCUGAAACGGGCCUUUAGCUACAGUGGGAAAGACAGCAGACGGUCGAGACGGGGAAGAGGUGAGGGGAGAAAGAGGAUCAAAAGCGAGGUUCAAGCUCCAGUUGAUCCGUGUGGACUCCCAGGGGACCUGGACUGGAUCUCACUGCUCAGCAGUCAGCGUGUGAGCUGCGGAUCGUACGGUUCUCCAAUAUUGGGUCCCCCAGAUCUCGGGCAAGUGGGAGACCCCAUGAUAUGUUCCCCUCUCAUCAUACCUACUUCAAUCACCACUACAAGUCCUUGUACCUCGACCGUGCCAGGCCCUGCGUUAGACUCUGAUUUGAAAGACGACAAGGAAGACGAGGAUGUUUUCAGAAACCACAAUUCCUGCCGUGUCCCUUCCCCUCAUCUGUUACCGUGGGAAGACCCCAGACCAGUCUCACCUUCCAGACACCCCUGGGCUGAAUCACGAGAGACCACCCUCAAUAGUCUCGGGCGGCAGAGGCAAACAAUUGCUCUCCCCUCUCUCAAUCACACUUCGAACCCCAUCUGCCCCCCGGAGAGUGCUUGCUACUCCUUCCCCUCUUCUUGUUCAACUUCCACCAACCUCUCUCGUGGAUACAGCAAGUCGCGGACUGCUGAAUCCUACAUCUACUGAUCUCCAUACUCUCGCAAACACCCACACCCAAGUGUCUAUAAUCAGCUCCACCCCUAAUUUCACACAACAAUGAAUGUUGAUAACAGGGUAUUGUGUACAGAGUGUUUUGUCUACGUGUCAUACAGUGACAAUGAUGUAAUGUUCCAAACUAUAAAAUUCCUUCCAUUUCUUUCAUGAAAGCGUUG